GGCGAGACUCUGGAUUUUUCGUGCAUCUCGCCCAGGGUAGCGUUGUCAACCUCUCUCGGACUGACCUGGGCACCUCAAAACGCAAUUUUACUCGUGGGAUGGAAAAAUUUCCAUCCCUCGAAAGCUCACAUACUUCACCUGCCAAACCAUCCGGCGCAGAAGGCACGUUUGAGUCGAAACUCCGAGGCCUCGAGAACUACUGCAUGUUUUUGGACGAUGGACUGCCGUAGCUCGCAGAGCGUGGUCCUCAUUUUUGGUUGGUGAAAUGGAAGUGAAUCGCAGGCUUCAGCAGGAAGACAUUAGUCUACGAAAGGUUUCCUCUACUAUAUAUAGAAGCAGGAUCAAACAAUUCUGCUGUCGUUGUAGCGGGAUGCCACAUUGUGGACUCAGUUGUUGAAGGACUGCUGACGAGGACACGAAAUGUGCCAUGUGUCAUCUGACCUGGUGAGGUGAAAGAGCGAGACAUUCGGAUCUGUAGGAAGGCCUGCGGUGAACAAUGUCAAGGAGCGAAGGAGCAAUACAAUCCGUGCUCCUCGAACCAGUCUUGCCGAAGAAUCAGAAGGUGUUCUGGGCAUGAGACGGUGCUCUCGAGGAGGAAAAUCUCGAUGAACGUUGUAAAUUUGAACUGAAUUUGAUGUUUUCAAACCCUUCCACGUCACUUGGUUCAGGGGUUUUCCACCGCUGCACCCUCCCCACCGUGGAGUUUUCAGAAUCUUGAAUGCUACACUCCAAUUUCCGCUCUUUCCUUCUCUUCAGUCCAGAUUACUGCUCCUUUUCUGCAGCCCUACUCCUGCCCUACGCACCCGAUAGCAUGAAAUGAAAGCAUGUGAACUUAUCUGAAUAUUGAUUUCCGAUUUGAUUGGAAGCUCUCACAUGUUUGUAACUGAAUUUAACAGGAGUAUGUAAAAUUCAUGUUGGUGGUAAUAAUCUCUCUUUUGCCGUCUGUUUUGUGUUCUGUUGUAUUCCUGGUAGAGGGUUAGGACCAAGAUAAUUCCAUAGUUGACGAUUCAGGUUGAUUAUGGAGGUAAGUUGGCAAGACGAUCCUAAUGUUAUCGACUACGAUGACGACUCAGCUCCAUCCGUUGGGCCAAAUAAAGCGAAGCUCACAGAUAUCCCAGAAGAUGUACGAGAUCGAAGAAAUCAUCCUGCCCUCGAAAGAGCACAGGCUGCUCUCAAAGAGCAGCUGUCUGCCAAGAAACAGGAUUUGGAGGACAGAAUAUAUGAACAGGGAGCUUUUCUUAGGAGAGCUACCAAGAGGAGGGAAGAAGCAGGUGUGGCGUUGUAUGGCAUGCAAAAGGCUCUGGCCACGCUUCACAUGUCUCUUCACAAAGACGCUGAGGAUCUUGCGAAUGCUGCAGAAGCUCAUGCUAAGGUUGUUUUGCCGUGAUUAUGAAGAAAUUCUCAAUACCAGAGCCAGACUGUCUUAGAGAGCUUGCUGGCCAAAAUUGUAACAUGUCUGAACUCAAGUAUCAAGGCCGAGAUUACUUUGAUGCAAGUCUCUGGGAAAUUAGAGAUACGUUCUCAUGAGGGGGUGAUGGUGCAUGGUGGGGUCAGGCGAAAGACGAGCUACAGAAGACGACGCUCGUACACAGAGAUAAAACUGGAGAACUGAAAAAGUUGAGGGACAAAAUGGAAAUUACUCACCAGGAACUAGACAAUCUUCUGAACAAUUUGAAACAAGUUGAGAAGUACAGCCAGGAAAUAAAGAGUGAGAUAGCGAUAAAUAGGCGGAAGACUUACGCCGCUGAGGAGUCCAUGUCGGCAGCAGAGAAGCAUAAGAAAGAUCAAGACUUACAAAUCGGGCUUAUGCAGACACGCUUGAAACAUCAGUAUGAGAAGCAAGCUUUGCUGAGAGCCCAACUCCAAGUCCAGGAAAGAGAGACCAAGCUCGCCAAUGUAGCCCUUUCUGAAGCUGGAACAGAGAUGGAAAGUAUCACUGCAGAGAAAAAGCAAGUGGCAAUCCAAUGGCAGUCAUCUCUUCUCGUGCUAUCCCGUUGCGACGAGGCUCUCCAGGGUCUUAUCGAUGCCAUAGCAAACCAGAAGGAACAGGAGAAAUCAGUAGAAGUAGAGAAGGAAUCGUACAAAAAAGCUAUCCGCAAGGAGCAGGAAGCCGCAGAGAAACAACAAGCAAUAUUGAGGAAGAUUGACAGAGAGAUGAAAGCAGUCCAAAAACAGAUGCAGGCUGCUAUCGCCAAGCGAUUGGCAUAUUAUGAGCAGUACCGGAAACUUGUUGUCUCACUUGAGCAGAUCGAAGCAGCUGUGAAGAAGCUCAAAGUGGAAAGGACUCAUUUGGAAACAGUGAUAAAGGUGCAUGAAAGAGAAUUUACGAGGCAAAGUGAAGGAACGCAUGAACUUGAACAUAAGAUUUUGGAGAAUCUGGUAGAGCACAUAUCUCUCGAAAAGAAAGCAGCUCAUAACACUAUGCACUCAAUAGCCAAACUUCGUGGUUUGGCGAAAAAGGAAGAUAUGAUAGCAACAGAGAUACAGUUCGACUUAGCAAGAAUAAGGGUAGAUGUACUUUCCGUGCAUGCAUACAACGAAAAUAUCAAGCAGGCCAUGAACGCCGUCAAUAACGAAGUGGAGGAGAAACUUAGCCACAUUGGCAAAGUGCAGACAGAGAUAAGAAAGAGACAUGCAGAAAUAGAAAUGAAAACCAAGGAGAUCGACAGACUUAACAAGACUUACUUCAAAUUGACGGCCAACAUGCAAGCUGGCGAUCAAACUCCAUGGGAGCACAUAAUCUCCAACAUGAAGUACGAGAUUCUAAAAAUUACAAGAUCGUCAAGCGAAAAGCAGAAGCGGUGGUUGCUGAUGCAAACAGCCCUUAUUAACAUUGUCACGACUACUAAUGAUCUCACGGAGAGCUAUCAAAAAAAAGCAGUCGAGAGAAUUACUCUAAGUCAGCGCAAAGUGAGGGUUGAUACCCAAAGUGAGGCAAUUAAGAAGUUUACCAAGGAGCUGGAAAAGAGAGUGGCAACAAAACAGGGUGUUAUUCUGAGGCUGAACGAUAUGGUAGCGAAAAAUUCGACCCUAGAGGAGCUACUCAAAAAUGAAAAUGCCAACAUGCAAGCUGCCAACUAUGCACACCUGAAAGACCUGGGUCGUGAUCUCGUGGCUCUAGAAGAGAAGAUUAGGGAGAUGACAGCAGAAAAAUCAUAUGCUAACAAGCACUUGGAUGAGUUAGAGCAUCAUGCAAUGCUUUGGAAGUAUAAAAUUACCUUCGAGCUUAAAACCCAGGCACAAAUUGAUCCAAACGUGGGUCGAGCAGUGAUAACUGCACUGCAGAAGCAAUGUGACAGGCUGAGGCUGACACAUGAUGGAUUGGCCUUGGUUCGGGAAAAAUUGAUAUCAGGACUAGAAAAUAGAGUUGCGAACCGAUCGGUAAUCGACACAAAAGUUAAGGCCAUGAGCCAAAGAAAGGGAUUCGAUGGUCCAGCCAGUAUCGAGGCAAAUCUUAUCAAAGGUUGUGCAGAUUUUAGGAGAGCUACCAAGGAGACCGAUAAAGCCAGUGAACGCAUUGAUGGCCAGCUAGACGCUUUAGAUGAGAGGAGGAAUAAAGUCAAAGCUGAAGCUGAACAUUUAGCUUUUAAGAUACAAACCUUUGUAAAGCAGCAAGAGGAGCUCAGGAUGAGUUUGAGGUAUGAAUGUAAUCAGAAGACGCUAGAACUGCUGGCAACAGCCUUGCAGCACCGCAGGUGCAGGAGGUACGAAGAACUUCGUAACAACAAGUGGAGUGUACAUAUCAAGAGUACAGUUGAAGAUGAGCUUGCAGAGACAAACACGAAAUGUUGUCUCCUCGUUAAGGUUGUUCAAAUCUUAAUGCCAGAGCUUCCAAAUUUGCAGUAUAAGUUGGACACGCUCGCAUUACAGUUAUCGCUGGCGACUGGGGAUGUGACGCAUCCAUCAUGAUCAAUGAUAUAGAGGACAUAGCCGACACCAGUACCCAAGCAUGUAAGCUGAUCAGAAUCAGUUCAAUAUUUCUUUUCCUUGAAAGGAAUAAAGCUGUUACGAGUAGGAAAAUCAAUCCGACCUCUCAUGGGAACGAGCUUUGGCUUUACUCGCAUUCCGGACCUCGAUCACGUUUCAAAAACCGUCAAAAGUGAAACUUGCGCCACUCAUGAUAACAGAAACAGAGACUUACC